GUAGUACCUCUGUACGGACACCGGGUGUCGCUGUGCGCGGCGCUCUCGCUGCUCUGAGGUGAAUGGCGGCCCCGGUAGUCGGUUCCGGUGUCGGCGGGUGAAGCCGCGGAAUGAAGCGGGACCGGAGAGGGCGGAGCUCGGCAUGUCACCGGAGGAAUGUCCGGGGAGCCGCCAGAGAGGAGGAGGACGGGGGAGAGAAACCGGCCGAGGAGGAGGAGAGCGGAGCGGGUAUCGGGAAGACGCUGAGCAGCGGAUACUGCCGGCUGUGCCAUGGCAGGUUCUCGUCCCGCAGUCUGCGCCAGGCCUUCGGGAAAGUGCCGGUCACCGGCGGAAGCUCGGAGAAGCAGAAGCGGAUGGAUCAGGUUUUCUUCGCCGACUUCCAGCAGCUGGUCGGGGUGUCGGUGCGCCGGGACCCCCGCCUGCCGCAGUUUGUAUGCAAGGACUGCCACGCCCAGUUCUACAAAUGCCGCAGCGUGCUGAGGACAUUCAUCCAGAGGGUGAACCUCUCCCCGACCUGCCAGGACACCAACAUAACCAGCAAACCUCAGAAUCCGGAUGCUGUUCCCCCGGGCCCCUGUGCAGAUCUGAUCACCUCCAGCCCGGAAUGUCUGCACAGCCUGGUGAGCUGGACCCACAGCCAUGCCGGAGGCUGCCCCUCUGUACCCAGCCUGCAGCAGGUCCUCUCUGCCCAGUACUAUGGCAUCAUACGGGCAGUGUGGGGGUGUGGCGAGGGACACGACUACGCCAUGGAAGCCGACUCUGACACCUCAGACUCUCACCACCAGGAAGUCCAGAAGACGCCGAGUGGUAAUGGAAUGCCGGCAGUCGGUACAGACGGGGGCCCGGUGCCCGUAGGAUACAGCCCAUCGGAUAGGAUGGAGACCACCGUGCCUCUUCCUGAGACGGCCAGGGCUGCUAAUCUUCCAUCACAGAACAGAUCGCCAGCUCUGCCUUUGGAGACUCCCGCACCGCCGUGCCCUGAGCUGGACUCCAUGCAAGAAGAACUAGUUGGAGGAGAUUUCCCUCAGACUUCCAAUGAGCUGGGCAAGGAGGAGGGCAGCGACCUGUCCGAUGGGGAGUCCCGGGGGAAGGAGGAUGGAGAGGAGAGGGGGGACCUCCUGUCUUCAGAUGACUCCUUUGAACCGUAUCCAGAGAAAAGGAUCGCUCCAAGGAAGAGCAGACACAGAGAGGCCAGGAAGAGCCGAGAGCCCCGGGAGAGGAAGAAGCCGGGCCCCAAACCAGGCUGGAAGAAUCUGAUAAAGAGAGAACGGGAGGAGCUGCCUACAAUCUACAAGUGUCCUUACCAGGGCUGCACUGCCGUCUACAGAGGUGCCGAUGGGAUGAAGAAACAUAUUAAGGAACAUCACGAGGAGGUGCGGGAGCGACCCUGCCCCCAUCCCGGCUGCAACAAAGUGUUCAUGAUAGACCGCUACCUGCAGAGACACGUCAAGCUCAUCCACACAGAGGAGAGGAAUUACAUCUGUGACCAGUGUGGACAGGCCUUCAAACAACGGAAACACUUAUCUGUGCAUCAGAUGAGACACUCAGGAGCCAAACCCUUACAAUGUGAAGUGUGCGGCUUCCAGUGCAGACAGCGGGCGUCACUCAAGUAUCACAUGACCAAGCACAAGGCCGAGGCCGACCUGGACUUCGCGUGCGACCAAUGCGGGAAACGUUUCGAGAAGGCGCACAAUCUCAACGUUCACAUGUCUAUGGUCCACCCGCUCACCCAGAGCCCCGCCAAGCCCCCCGAAACUGAACCCGACACCCCCUCAGGGACGAUGGAAGCUGUGAAACCAGAACUGGCCCGACAAUUGCCCGGCUGAGGACCGGACAGGAAACAAAGAAAUGGACACUUUAAACUUUUUUAUACAAUUUUUAAUUGUUUUGCUGUACAAAGCACAAGGCAGGCCCCCCCCCCCCCCCCGAGUUCUGCGACUUCAUACAGUGAACAUAAAGUCUUAUUUUUUUGGUGGCACUCCGGGCGUCCCCUCCCCCGAAGUGUUCCGCGCUUCCUCCUCCUCCAUGAACUGGAAAGCAGACGCUGCAGCGCAGUGUUUCCUCCUCUCUGGGUGUCCUGACAUAAAUUUAGGUAGGUAGGUAGGUGGAUAAUUUAUGAUAACUCAUGUGAAAGCCUUUGAAUAAAUUAUUUACACAGUAAA